CAGGCGUUGGUCAGCAGCAAUCAACAGUCACAACGGUAAUUCACUGCAAAACAGAACUACAAUUCGCAAUCGUCAGACAAGCGAGAAAGGAUUAUCAAAAUGCUGAAACUGGUGGUAUUGUUGUCUACUCUGCUUGCCGUCGCCGUUGCGCGUCCUGGCUACCUCUCACACGCGCCCCUGCUCUAUUCGGCGCCAGCCACUGUCAUCCAUGAGCCGGUUUUGGCCAAAGUAGGCGCGGUCGUGAAGAGCUUCCCCACCGCUGUCUCCCAUCAGAGCUCAUCGAUUGUGCACAGUUCAGCUGUUGCUGUGGAACCCAUUCUAGCGCCCAUUGUGAAGACCACUUACGCAGCACCGGUGCUGCAUGCUGCCCCGAUAUAUAAGACCAUUGCAUUACCCUCUUUACAUGCAUCGCAUUCAGUCGGUUGGUGGUAAAGUGAAGCUAUUACAUUAAUUCCACUCAUUAAACAAAGUGGCGGCCUGUAAGUAGUGCUACGGCUCCAGUACCCGCCAGUUGUUGGUUUUCACCUUCAUAAGUUUUGUAUAAUUAGAUAUGUAUAAUAUAUACCUAUAUAUAGUUGAUUGCAUGUUUGCAAAUAAAUUUCUAAAAAUUGAAUUCCAA